UUCGACUUCAACUUCACAUCUAAAUUCAAACCCAACUUUGAUUUCAAAUAUACACCCAGAUCCAGAUUUCGAUACAAUGGCUGACGAGGCAAUCGUACCGACUCGACCUGUGUACGAAUCCGAUGGAGAUUUGCGGACUCUACAGGCACGAAUUCUCUCAGUGGUUCCCGUCGAGACAUUGUCAGAAGCCGAACGCGGCCUAUUCAAACAAGCCCAACCUACCGAUCUUGUAGUGACGACCGAUGAAACAAUCUUCCAUGCCCAGGGCGGUGGCCAGCCUAAUGAUGUCGGUGAUAUGAUGAUUCGAACCGAUGAUGGGAACAUUUCCACCAGUGCUCCCCGCUUCCACGUCCAAGCUGUCCGUCGCAAUGGCAAAGCGGUCAUACUGCACCAAGGCACACUAAGCAAUGCCGAAUCAGAGGGCCAUGGUGCCUUUUCUCCAGGUUCCAUUGUUGAACAGACCAUCGAUGGAGAGAAACGCGAACUUCACUCCCGUAUCCAUACUGCUGGCCAUCUUCUUGGCCUCGCUGUUCGCCAGCUGACAGACGAGAUUCCAGAUGUUAGCGAAACUAAGGCACAGCACUUCCCAGGUGCUGCCUUUGUCGAGUUUCGCGGCAAGAUCGCCGGAACCUUCAAGGAAAAGAUCCAAGCGGUGGUGGACGACCUUGUCAAGCAGGAUCUGCCCGUUGCCAUUUCUUGGAUGAAUAUGCAGCAGCUAAAGGAGAAGGGCGUCCACGUUCCCGAUGGCUUUGGAAAGACUCCUGCCGAAAAUGGUACCAGGGUGGUGGAGAUCGGUGACCUUGGAGGAUAUCCUUGCGGCGGCACGCACGUUCACAGCACAGCUGAACUGGUCAAAGUCGUGGUCCGAAAGAUCGCUGCAUCAAAGGGCAAUACCAAGAUCUCGUACGACGUAGAAUGA